AUGGCAGAUGUUAAUAGUUUGAGACAGCGAUUAACGCCACUCGUCGAUCAGAUUACACAAGAUAUUCAAAUAAUUGAAUCAACACGAAAUUUAAGUUCGAAACAUCGGUUAGAAAAAUCAAUCAAUGAAGCAACGCAAUUAGCUCGUGAUCUUGAACGUCUUGAUCCAGCUUAUGGUCGUGAUUAUAAACAACGUAUUGAUGCUGCUCGUCAACGUUUAGAAAAUGUUAGUAGAGUACCUAUUCAUGGUGCAUGGAAUUCUGGAUUUGAUCCUGAAGCUGAUAGACUUGGACAACAACAGCGUGAUUUACUUUUACGUGGUCAUGCUUCAUUAGUACGUACUGACGAAGCAUUAAAAGUAUCUCGUCAAACUGCUCAUGAAACUGAACAAUUAGGACAAGAAAUAAUGUCUGAUCUAACAACACAACGUGAAGCACUCUUACGUACACAAGGCAAAUUAAAUGAAGGCAAUGAACAUUUAAAAGCUGGUCGUAAAACACUUCGAUUAAUGUAUAGCAGAGUUAUAAUGAACAAAGUUCUCCUGAUAACAAUAAUACUUGUCGAACUUGGUAUAUUAGGCGGUGUUAUAUAUUGGAAAUUUUUUUCGAAAUGA